CCUCGUGAUCGCGUGAAGAUUGGUGAAGUACAUAAGUAGAAUAUUAAGCAUAACAAGGCCAAAAGAUAGCUGUGUGUGAAGAUGAGGCUCCUCCACAGCGCCUUACCUCUACAAUCUCCACCAUUGUUAACAUCCCUUUCACCAAUCAAAGCCUCUCUUCUUCUUCCCAAAAAAUCAUCUUUCAACUCACACCAUAAACACCUUAACCAUGUCCUCUCUAAUGGCUUCUCACUCCUUCUUUCUCUGGGCCUUCUCGUUUCUGCUCCUAUUCCCACCAUCGCUUUGGCACUCGAAUCUCCUUCACUCCAGUCUCCCACCUCAUCAUUGGAAGUAAAUUGCCGGGAGGACGAGGCGGAGGAGGAGGACACUGAAGUGGUAUCCAAAGUGGUGAGCAAUGAGAGCAUUGUGGAAGAAGCUUGGCAGAUUGUUAAUGAUAGCUUUCUUAACACCAGUACUCGUCGUUCUUGGUCUCCUGAAUCUUGGCUCCAAAAGAAAGAUGACAUCUUAAGUUCAUCAAUCCAUACAAGGUCAAAAGCUCACGAUAUCAUCAAGCGUAUGUUGGCUAGCUUGGGUGACCCCUAUACACGGUUUCUUUCUCCUGAACAGUUCUCCAAGAUGGCUAGAUAUGAUAUGACUGGGAUUGGAGUUAACCUCAGGGAUGUUCCAGAUGGCAAUGGAGGUUCAAAACUGAAGGUUUUAGGGAUCCUAUUGGACGGACCUGCCCAUAAUGCCGGUGUACGACAGGGGCUGAUUCAGUCUGUAUUCGAGCUGCCCGAUGGCUCGGGUGUGGUUGUAACAAUUGGGAAGUAUGUCACGCCAAAUCACAUGGAUAUUAAUGGCAAUGGAGUUGAACCAGAUUUCAGGAAUUUUCCUGCUUGGAGUGAAGUCAACAAUCGUCUGUCAAAGUGCCAUAAGCAACAAGAAGGAUAAGCUCGCUCAUUUUCCUUUCACUGUCAUUCUGAUUCUUCAUCAUGACUGAUGAAUAACUUGGGCUAGUCCUUCGCUCGUGCAACACUCAAGAUUGAUAUGAUAUUAACAGAUGUUAAUCUUCUCAGUCAUUUAGCUUCAUCCCUUGCCUGAGCAUCACCAGGAAGAAACAAAGAUUUGGUACAUCUUGCAUAAUCCUCUAUUGCCUAGCCAUCAGUACUAAAGCACAAAUCAGAUCAAUAUCGGCAACUGUAAUCUAUCAAGGUGCAGAACUGGCCACUGGAUGAUGGAAUUAGCAGCCAGAGCCAGCUGAGUUGUGAUUAUUGUAUUAUCUUACUGAUGGCAGGUGCCAGUGGAUGCUAGUUAGCACAAGGUGUAUACAUAAGUAACUAGCAAUUGACUUGAUGUACCAACAAUGCAUAUUGUAUAUACAUUUUUUUGAGUAAAUCAAUUUUAUGAUGGAAUUUGUGCAUCAUAUUGAAUUAAACGAAUAAUGGAAGACAGUCCUAUUUGGCUGGAGUUUGACACUUCAAAGGGAAUUAAAGUCAUCUCUGUGUUUGUAGGA